AUGAAACUGAAGCAGGGCUCGUUUCUGUGGUACCUCUAUCUGGACAAGCUAUACUGCCUGUUAUCCGUGAGGAACGUGAAGGUCUUGGUGGAGUAUUUUCACCUUCUCGACGUGCACCACAACAACACCUUGAACGAUGUGCUGUUUUACCACUUCCUUCAUCAUGUGACUAACUGGAAACGGAGGCAGAUCAUGAUUGUGUUUAACAUGCUGGACUGGAAUGCUAUGGGCGAGAUUGGUUUUGACCAGUUCUACAUGUUGGUCUGCAUACUGCUGGCACAACAGAAUCACUUAGAAGAGCAGUUUAUCUUCCGCCACUCCCGGCCUGUUUUUGAGCUGCUUGACCGAGGGGAGCUGAGAAUUGGUGCAGACAACUUCCACAUGUACAACUUCUUCAAUAUUAAAAAACAGGAACUCAAAGAGCUCUACCACGACUUUGACAUCACAGGUGACCGUCGUCUUAAUUACAAGGAAUUUAAGCUGUUUACUAUCUUCACCAUGGACAAAUACCAGGAGAGGCAGAAAGCAGAGAAAGAGAACGAGGAAAAGAGAAAGAAAGAGAAAAAGGCUCUGCUCAAAAAGAAAACGCAGCAUCAGGUUAACAUCAACACUGCUCCUAAGGUCCCUGUAUAUCCAAAUAAUUACAAACACUGGCUGGAGCUAAGCAGCUGA